GGCCACAAGAAGAAGAAGGUCAAACAUUCCACGGCCACAAGAAGAAGAAGGUCAAACAUUCCACGCCCACAAGAAGAAGAAGGUCAAACAUUCCACGGCCACAAGAAGAAGAAGGUCAAACAUUCCACGGCCACAAGAAGAAGAAGGUCAAACAUUCCACGGCCACAAGAAGAAGAAGGUCAAACAUUCCACGGCCACAAGAAGAAGGAGGUCAAACAUUCCACGGCCACAAGAAGAAGAAGGUCAAACAUUCCACGGCCACAAGAAGAAGAAGGUCAAACAUUCCACGGCCACAAGAAGAAGAAGGUCAAACAUUCCACGGCCACAAGAAGAAGAAGGUCAAACAUUCCACGGCCACAAGAAGAAGAAGAUUUGUCACUAGCGGCCGCGGUGAUUAUCAACAAGAAGUGAUCAAGGGCAGCUGGUGUUACAAUGGCCACCAAGAGGAUUGCUGUGGUGACAGGAGGCAACAAAGGCAUUGGGUUUGCCAUUGUGAAGGAGCUGUGUGCCAAGUUUGAUGGCUUUGUCUACCUCACCGCCAGGGAUGAGGGCCGGGGCAAGGCAGCCGUUGAGCAGCUGGAGAAGCUUGGUUUCUCGCCAAAAUUCCAUCAGCUAGACAUUGAUGACAGCAAGAGCAUUGCCAACUUUGCAUCCUACAUUAAAAACACUUAUGGUGGAUUGGAUGCCCUUGUCAACAAUGCUGCCAUGGCUUACAAGAUGGCUGCCACAGAGCCAUUCGGUGAGCAAGCAGAGAACACAAUCAGAGUAAACUUCUUUGCCAACCUGGCAGUGUGCCAUGCUCUCUUCCCACUGCUGCGACCACAUGCCCGGGUGUGCCACGUGUCCAGCUCAGCUGGGCACUUGUCUGUGAUCAAUGGGGAUGAGCCUGCUGCCUCACAACUGAAGGCCAAGCUGGCUGCCGACACACUUACCGAGGAGGAGCUGUGUGACCUCAUGAACCAGUUUGUGGCGGCUGCCAAGGACGGCACCUCCCGCAAGCAGGGAUGGUCGGCCAGCACGUACUGUGUCAGCAAGGUGGGAAUAUCAGCACUGACCCGGAUCCAGCAGCGAGCCUUCAACACUGACCCAAGGGAGGACCUGGUAGUGAACUGCUGUCACCCGGGCUAUGUGGACACCGACAUGACCUCACACAAGGGACCCCUGACCAUUGAGGAGGGGGCAGCGUGCCCUUCCUACCUGGCCCUGCUGCCUCCCAACAUUUCUGAGCCAAAGGGUGCCUACCUGUGGCAUGACAAGAGAGUAGUGGACUGGACUGGCCCAAGCCCUGGAGCCUAUUAAAACUCACUCACCAGUCACAUUACUAUUCUUCCAUGUCUCACAGUUUCCUAGAAAUGCAACUGUAAUUCAUGAAGAACACAUUUUAUAGGGAUAUGUGGAGAUGACUUAAAGAGGUAUAAUGACUAGCCACUAACAUAGCCUGUUUAUAUAAUAAUAGUGAUAAUAAGAAUACAAAUGAUAUUAAUACUAAUGUAGAAAAUAAUAAUUCUUUAUCCAGUCAACUUGAAUUGUAGUCUAUGUAAAUUGAAAGUUUUGUUGAUCAAAAAAAAAAUCAGGAAUAUGCAUGAAUUCAAGAUGAAAGUAAAAAAAAAUGGAUCAUAGAAAUAACAUAUAAAUCAAGAAACUACUGUGAUUUAUGUCUAAAUACUCACUGAUACAAGAAUUAAGAUUAUUUUCACUAGCAAACUGUUGUAAUGUUCACUCAUAAGCUUUAUUGUUUGCCAUGCUCACCUCAGCCAGGACGACUCAUGCACUGAAGGACUUUGGUAUGUGUCGGACCAUUCUGAAGUUACCACAUAACCCCACUCUCACCUUGUUCUGUUGCUGACUUGGAAGUAAACACUGCAUCGUUA